UUAUUUCUUCAUCAGUGUGAAAUAAUUCUUUGACAAGUUAACAUCAUGUUUCUUUUUUUACUAAGCAUUGCGAUCGGUUUAAUUUUUUAUCAUUUUAAAACGCAAUACAGUAGACGUGGGCGGAUUUUAAAUAAACUACCAGGUCCACCAUGUUUACCAUUAAUAGGAAAUUUACAUUUGUUUAUGAACUCAUCCACUAAAAUAUGGAACACAGUGAGGCAAAUCAACAAGAAAUUUUAUCCAGUCAGCAGAAUUUGGGUUCUUCAUCAUUCCGUUGUUUAUCUAUCUCAUCCAGACGAUGCUGAGUGUUUAUUAUCCAGUAUGAAACAUAUUGAAAAAAGCAGAUUGUACGAGUUUUUGCAUCCUUGGCUCAAAACUGGUUUAUUAACAAGUGCAGGCAAAAAGUGGCAGCAUCGUCGUAAAAUGUUGACCCCCGCUUUUCAUUUUAAUGUAUUACAUCAAUUUCUCGAUAUUUUCGUUGAGCAGGGAAAUAAUCUCGUGGAAAAUUUAAAAUCAUUGGGCGAUGAAACAGUUCAGGAACUUGUGCCACUUUUUACAAAAUACACACUGAAUACAAUUUGCGAAACUGCAAUGGGUACUGUACUUCAUGAAGCGGAUAUUCAAAAUUCUUACAGAUCGGCUCUUAAUAAAUUAGUGGAACUCAUGCUUUACAGAGCAUUUAGACCAUGGUUGCAUAAUAAAUGGAUUUUUAGAUUAUUUUCCGAUGGGGAGAAAUAUGAUAAAUAUUUAUCAGUACUCCAUAAUUUUUCCUCUAAGAUAAUAAAGGAGAGAAAAGAAUAUCAUGAGAAAACGGAAAAUAAAUAUUUGAAAUCAAUUAUUGCGACUGAUUCGGAUUUAAUUUAUUCUAAUGAUGAAAUAAAAGGACAGAAGAAAAGAAUGGCAAUGUUGGAUCAUUUAAUUGCUGCUCAAAAAUUUGGUCAACAAAUUGAUGACGAAGGAAUCAGAGAAGAAGUUGAUACUUUUAUAUUUGAGGGACACGAUACGACAGCAAUGGCAAUGUGUUUUGCAGUAUUAAUGCUCGCUGAAAAUAAAGAUGUUCAGGAUCGAGCAAGAAAGGAAGUGGACGAUGUGCUCGAGGGGAAGAAUAGAAAAAUUAGUUCAGCCGAAGUUCAAAAUUUUAAUUAUCUUGAACAAUGCAUUAGAGAAACUUUACGUUUAUAUCCUAGUGUUCCAUUUAUAGCUCGUAAAGUUAACGAAGAUCUUCAAUUAAAACACUGUUUCGUGCCUGCUGGUACAAUUGUCGAUUUACACAUUUUUGAUCUUCAUCGUAAUCCAGAAUUUUGGCCAAAUCCGGAAAAAUUCGAUCCCGACAGAUUUUUACCUGAAAAAAUGCUCAAUCGUCAUCCAUUCAGUUAUGUGCCAUUUAGUGGUGGACCACGCAAUUGUAUAGGACAAAGAUUUGCCAUGCUGGAACUCAAAACCCUUGUUGCACAUUUGUUACAUAAUUUUAUUUUAGAACCUAUCGAUCACUCGAGAGAUAUUAAAUUUAGUGUUGAUUUGGUUAUCAGACCUGCGACACCAAUUCGUGUCAAAUUCACUCCUAGAAUAUUUAUUAUCAAAAUUAUGUUUCUUUUUUUAUUGAUCAUAGCGUUAUGUUUGGGAUUUUAUCAUUACUAUACACGAUACAGUAGAAUUGGGAGAAAAUUGAAUAAGGUGCCUGGACCUUUUAUAUUUCCAUUUAUAGGAAAUCUUAAUUUAUUUUUAGGAAGUCCGAUUGAACUUUGGUAUUUGGCUCGAUGGCUUAACAAAAAAUAUAAUCCAGUGAGUAGAAUUUGGUUAGUGAAUAUUCCCGCAGUAAAUCUUUCUCAUCCAGACGAUGCGGAGAUUCUAUUAUCGAGCAUGAAACAUAUCGAAAAGAGUAGAAUUUACAAUUUUUUGCAUCUUUGGCUAAAAACUGGUUUACUCACAAGUACAGGGAAAAAAUGGCAACACCGACGCAAAAUGUUGACACCUGCUUUUCAUUUUCGUGUUCUUGAACAAUUUCUCGAUAUUUUUAUUGAAGAGGGAAAUAAACUUGUGGAAAAUUUAAAAUUACAGGGAGAUGAUAAUGUACAGGAUGUUGUUCCACUUUUCACCAAACACACACUAAAUGCAAUCUGUGAGACUGCAAUGGGAACUUCCUUGAAUGAAGCGGAUGAACAAAAUGUGUACAGAUCUGCCCUUAACAAUAUUAUAGAAAUUAUCAUUUACAGAUUAUUUCGACCCUGGAUUUAUGAUGAUUUUAUGUUUAAACUAAUUCCAAGUGGGAGAUUAUUUAUGAAAUAUUUACCAAUUCUGCACAAUUUUUCUAAUAAAAUAAUCAAAGAAAGAAAAGAAUAUCACGAGCAAACUGAAAAUCAACAUUUAAAAUCAAUUAUAUCAUCUGAUGAUUCAUUAAUUACGAGUACUAACGAAUUACAUGUUCGAAAGAAAAGAAUGGCAAUGUUGGAUCAUUUAAUUGCAGCACAAAAAUUUGGAGAACAAAUUGAUGAUGAGGGUAUUCGAGAAGAAGUUGAUACGUUUAUUUUUGAGGGACACGAUACAACUGCAAUGGCUUUUUGUUUCUCAAUGUUAAUGCUCGCUGAAUAUAAAGACUGCCAGGAACGAGCGAGAAAUGAAGUGGAUGAAAUUUUCAACGAAACAAGUGGAAAAAUAUGCAUGGCAAAAAUGCAACAAUUAACAUAUCUGGAACAAUGCAUCAAGGAAGCAUUACGUUUAUAUCCCAGUGUUCCGUUCAUAUCUCGAAAAAUUAAUGAAGACCUUCAACUAAAAAAUGUAAUGGUCCCGGCUGGUUGCAGUGCUCAUUUGCAUAUUUUUGAUUUACACAGAAAUCCGGAAUUUUGGCCGGACCCAGAAAAAUUCGAUCCCGAAAGAUUUUUAUCAGAAAAAAUACAAAAUCGUCAUCCCUUCAGUUAUAUACCGUUCAGCGGUGGUCCACGUAAUUGUAUAGGUCAGAAAUUUGCAAUGCUGGAAUUAAAAGUAAUUUUGUCACACUUACUUCGUUAUUUCAUCUUCGAGCCCAUUGAUCAUCCUCGAGAUGUUAUUUUCACAUCGGAUUUAGUUUUGAGACCUGAUGGCCCUGUGCGAGUAAAAUUCAUCAGUCGGUUAUUCAAAUUUUCAAAAAUGAUGGUAAUUUUGGUGUUUUUUGUGAUAGCUUUAUGUGUUUUUCAUUUUAUGGUUCAUUAUGAUAAGAAGGGAAUUAUUAUCAAUAAAAUACCAGGACCAAAAGCUGUACCAAUUUUUGGGAAUAUUUUGAGUUUCAUGGUGCCGCAAAAUAAAUUAUGGAACGUAAAGAGAAAAAUAAACAACGAAUUUUAUCCAAUAAAUAGAACCUGGAAUUUUGGAAGACCAUUCGUUAAUAUUUAUCAUCCUGACGAUGCAGAGAAAUUGCUGACAAGUAUGAAGCAUAUUGAAAAGGGUGAUAUUUAUCACAUGACAAUGCCUUGGUUAGGAACUGGAUUAUUAACGAGCGCAGGCUCAAAAUGGCAAAAAAGAAGGAAAAUGUUGACGCCAGCUUUUCAUUUCAAUGUACUAUUGGAUUUUGUUGACAUUUUUGUUGAAAAUGGAGAAAGUCUUGUGAAUUCAUUGAAAUCCGAAAAUGGUCCAUUUGUUAAGGAUCUCGUGCCUCUUUUGACAAAAUACACCCUUAAUGCAAUAUGUGAAACUGCAAUGGGCACAACACUUCAUGAUGAUGUCAAUAGCAGAGAUACAGAUUAUAGGUCAGCUGUAACGCAAAUAGGUGACUUGUUUAUAUACAGAUUCUUUAGACCAUGGUUGCAUCCGGAUAAGAUAUUUUAUUCAACCUCCGUAGGAGUUAAGCAGUCAAAAUUACUAAACAUUCUCCAUGGGUUUUCAAAUUCGAUAAUUUUUGACAGAAAAAAAUACUAUAAUAAUGUAGUAGUAAAAAAGAACAUUGAAAAUCAAAAAUCAGAAAAAUUGGACAGUGAUAUGGAAUUUGUUAAAAAGAAGAGAAUGGCCAUGUUGGAUACUCUAAUUGCUGCACAAAAUAACGGUCAUCAAAUUGAUGACGUGGGAAUCAGAGAGGAAGUCGAUACUUUUAUUUUUGAGGGUCAUGACACAACUGCAAUGGCUUUGUGCUUUGCCGUUUCACUUUUGGCCGAACAUAAAGAAAUUCAGGAACAAGCACGAAAUGAAGUUGACGAUGUAUUGAGAGAAAGUAAUGGAAAAAUGGGUAUGGCUGAAAUACAAAAAUUCUUUUACCUUGAACGUUGCGUUAAAGAAGCUUUGAGAUUAUAUCCAAGCGUUCCAAUGGUAGCGAGAAAUAUUCGCGAGGAUUUACAACUAAAAAAUUAUGUUGUCCCAGCCGGUUCAUGUGUACAACUUUAUAUUUACGAUCUGCAUCGGGAUCCAAAAUUCUGGCCAAAUCCAAAAACUUACAAUCCAGAUAGAUUUUUACCCGAUCGAAUUCAAGGAAGACAUCCUUAUUCCUACAUUCCAUUUAGUGCAGGAGCAAGAAAUUGCAUUGGUCAAAAAUUCGCCUUACUGGAAUUAAAGGCCCUUGUUGCCCAUAUUCUUCACAAUUUUGAAUUAGAGGCAAUUGAUUAUGCACAUGAAAUAAAUAUUCUCGCCGACUUGGUUAUCAGACCAGGUCAACCAAUUCGAGUGAAAUUUAUUCCAAGAGUUAAAUAAAUUGCCAGUUGGAAAAAAAAUUUUUUAUAUAAAAAAAAUGGUAAAUAAAAAUGAUUUUUUAGAUA